GCAGGAAACCCACGCAUUCUUCCUUUUUAAAGCGUCUCCGCCGCUCAGAAAAGCUCAGAAACCGCCCCGUAAGCCACCGAUGACAGUGCGGCAGGCUAUUGACUCGGACGUGCGGCGCGUACCUUAUCUCUGGCGCCGGUGUCCCCGCACGCUGGAGCUUCGCCAUGGCCCGAUAGAGCACAGAGUUGAUACAUGUGCCGCGAGUGACUGGAGCGCCCGAUAACAGAGGUAUAUAGACGGCAAGAGUCAUUCUAUCUCCCCUCCCCAUCCUUCCUCUUCACUGCGUGCACCAUGGCGGACGCGACCUCUGUCCCCGCCCUCCCCAAGGAUGCAACUGCCGAGUCUGAGGGCUCCCAAGAUGGCCAGUAUUACAAGGUCCACUGGUUCCGCAGUACGAUCUUCCAGGUGAUCGUAGUUUUCUUCUGCGCACCGGGCAUGUACAAUGCGCUCAGCAACCUCGGUGCGGGAGGUCUGGCUACCCCAUGGUAUGCCAAUGCGACAUCCGCCGCAGGCUAUGUCUUCAUGGCCUUCAUGUGCAUCAUCGGCGGUGUCAUCGUCAGCAAGAUUGGCGUCCGUCUUUCGCUUCUGAUCUCUAGCACUGGCGACAUCAUAUACGCUGGGAGUUUAUAUCUAAACUCCAAAAAUGGGACCCAGUGGUUCUUAAUGCUGGGUUCUAUACUCUCGGGCAUGACUGACGGCCUCAUGUACGCCGUCGAAGGGCCCAUCAUCACAUCAUAUCCCGAAUCCGCAUCCCGAGGCAAAAUGCUAGGCCUUUGGGUUUUCAUGCGGUCAGCGGCUCCCGUUGUCGGAGGCGCGAUCAUCUUUGGCCUCAACAUCAAGGAGGACUCAGCGGGAGCCGUUUCCCUCGUCACAUACCUCGUCUUGAUUGGCAUCAUGUGUGCCGGCCCCUUCAUCUCGCUCCUCAUCUCGAGCCCCGACAAGGUGCAACGCCGUGACGGGAAGCCCAUCCACUUCCGCAAGACCGGCUGGAUGCAGACCUUCAAGGAGUGGUUCCAGGUCGUCUCGUCACCCAAUAUCCUCCUCCUUUGCCCGCUUUUCUUCACCUCAUGGUUCUACGGGUCGUACAUUGGCACGCUCCAAACGCAGUUCUACAACGUCCGCUCGCGCUCGCUCUGCGCCUUCGUCAUCAACUUUGCCGACAUCAUGGGCGGCUUCGGCAUUGGCUGGUUCCUCGACCAGCAGCGGCUCUCCAUAAAGCAGCGCGCGCGGUGGGCCUUCAUCGGACUGAUGGCCUUCAACUUGUUGCUGUGGCUCUGGACGGCGAUCGUAACGAAGCAGUUGAUUGACCAUCAACCGACGAUCGACUGGACGGACAGCUCGUGGUUUGGGAAGACCUUCACGCUGUUCUUCUUGUUCGAUAUGGCGACGAUGGCGACGCAGACGACGUUGUACUGGAUUUUGAGUCAGAUGUCUGACGACUUCAUCACCCUAUCCUACAUGACGGGCACGCUCCGCGGCAUCGAGUGCGCGGGCCAGGCCGUCGCAUACGGCAUCAAGUCGAGCGACACCACCGACUGGCUGUCCAUCGGCCUGAACAUCGGGCUUAUCGUGUUCUCACUACCUUUCGCCUGGAUCGUCAUCCGCAAGAUCGGCGUGGAGACGUUCGAGGUUGUGCGAUUAGCGGACGAGAGCGCGCCGCAGGAGAAGCCGGCGACGCCGACGGGGGAGAAGGCGGAGUAUGUGGCGUGAGGGUAGUACUAAGUAGACGGGGAGAGUUGGGUUGAUGUCACGGUUGUUGUACACGAUACUCAUGUAUUCACGAGGGGUACCGAUGAUGACUGUACGUUUGAUGAUUUCUUUUGCC